AUGAAAAGAGCCAGUGCAAAUAGUUUUGUUUCCAGGCAGCCUAAUGAUCGUUUUGAAUUGGCUGAGAACUCUGUAGGCAGGAGCCACAUCGGGGUGAAUAAUGAACAUUCUCCACCUCCACCUUUAGCCGGAGGGGAAGCCGAGAGUAGGCAAUCACGAAGUCGAGAUGGAGUGUUAAACCGCUUGCGAAGGACGCUUUCAAUCUCGCGAAGGUCAUCGCAACCUUUAUCGGCUGUUGUUCCUUUCAACAGUGGAUCCGAAGAAGAAUUAGGGGAGAACGGCCACAUAUCAGUAGUACAGAAGACACGAGCGCCACAUUAUCGAUGUCUUCCUCUCCCUCCUGGUUUCAUACCAUCGGAUUUGCUUAUGAGUUUGGACCAUCAAGAUCAGUCCAGUCACCCCGCUGAAAGCGGAAAUGCAGUGGCCACCAUCAAAUUUGGGAAAGUAGGGAACCAAAGUCCAACAGCGGCUGCUGAAGAUGGUGUGAAUAGUGCCACGAACAUCUCAAGUGGCCAGCACAAAGUGAAGAAGGGCAUACCCCGACGCGUUUUGUAUAAUAACUGGGUCGAUCCAAAAUUUUAACAUUCAGUUCCGCGAGUUUCAAACCGUUGUCGGUUGCUGUAAAGAAUUGUACUUAUUUAUUUAACCACUGGAAACAAUCAGUUAGAAAUACGAGACAAUUAAUAUAAAAUAUAUAUUGAUUUAAGUCGCAAAACUCAACUGGUUUACAAACGGGGAAUUCAUACUAUUAAUAAAUGUCAAUUCUCGCGAAGAAGUCAUGAUCAUUUUUUGCCCGUUUUUCCAUUUAUUAGCAUAUAUCGUAAUUAUAUACAAAUAUCUAUGUUUACUCGUUUAACUAUCGCUGGUGACGUUUUAUGGUAAAGAUUUUUUAUGAGUACUAGUAAAGUUUUUUUGAAACUUUGCAAACAUCUGAUGACCUCUGGUUUACAUGAUUGCCAUAAGCGAGCCUACUUGCGGAUUAUUAUUUCUUUUGGAAACUUGAUAUAAGCGUGAAGUUUUGGAGGUUUACAAGCUUGCUUUACCAAGAUGAAGUUAUAUGCACAGAAAACAUCUUACUAAGGACCCCCAGCAUCUAAAGCUGCUGGGCAUUGCGUGGGUCAUGCCUGGUUCACAUGUUCGAUGCAAUAGGCCACUUUCACGAUGACGUCCAGUCAGUUAACUACACGACUACAGAAUUCAUUAAAUGAAGAAUGAAAAUCGCAGUUAUAUACGCAUCUUUUGCAGCUGGGAAAAGAGAGCCUGAAAAAAAUUCAGGCUUGUGCGGGACUUUAACCCUUAACCUCUGCGAUACCGAUGCAGCGCUCUAUCAAUUAAGCUAACGAGCCGAUUGGGGGCAGGUCGUUGAAUUGGCUCGUUAUAAACCCGUGAAAGGAUGAUGAUGAUGAAGUUUUGAAUAUAUGAAAAUCACAUGUAUGAACUGCGGAGUGAAGAAUUAAAUGAAGGAUGAUCAAUUCAACGAUCUGCUGUGUUAACAUCGGGUUAGGGGAGAGGUAGGUGGGGAGUGUCCCAGAAUCUUAGACUGUUUAAUACACACUUUUGGCUUUUGAGUGUUUCCACAAAAUCCUCAAAUAUAAUAAAACCUCUUCAGCAGUAUUUUUCCAUGGUGCUAGUUUAGUUUAGUUUUUUUUCGUGUUCUUGGCCCAGGAAGAAUAAAGAUUGGGAUUUUGUUGGUAAGAGACCCAGGGAUGGGGUACCUGACCGAAGUUUAGGCACAGCGUUUCUGCUGAGGAUUUGAAACUUUGAAAUUAGUGAGGACCAAAAAACCCUAAGAUAACUACCCUGUGUGCAGAACGAGGACUUAUUUUUUUAUCUAGCGGCAUUUCUCGUAUUCGCCUAAUGAGGAGGUGCCCAUUAAACUGAAAACUCCUUCUCGACUGAAAAUGUCGGAUUUAUUGUUUGUGUGCAGUUGACAGCCAAGAAAUGUACCACUGAAACGUGUGAUGUACGUGCAAAGUUGUUGUUUUGGUCAUUAGAUUUGACCCCAAUGAUUUUUCAGUCUGAGGCGUAUCGUUGCCUUUCCUGUCUUGAGUUUUGUAAACACCUUAUCUUAACACUGUUUGACAGGACCUUCCUGAUUAAUUUUCCCGAAAUUAUGGCCAUAUCGAGUUAAAAAAAGGGUUUAACAUGCAGUUCUUCUCAAACCUUUACGGGCACGUGCAAUGCUUGUAUUUUGACUGGUUAACAAAAAACAGACGAUACCUAAUUAGGAAUAUCUUCGCUUCCGAUAUUGAUUGGCGCUAACAAUGCGAAGCACACGCCUCGUUGACAGUGAGAACUUAGACCCUGUUUACAUGGAGUGGGGGACCCCGGUCUAGUGGGGUAGGUUUCUUUUGUUUUGUGCCCCCCAGAGCGUGAAAACAAAAGGAACCAACCCCACUAGACCGGGGUCCCCCACUCCAUGUAAACAGGCCGAGAAAAGAAAGUUUAUUAAACGGAACGAACUGAGACCGUCCUGCUCUGGUACGCUUAUUGUUGCGUUAUCGCUUUUGUAUCACAUUUAGUGCUUUCACCUUUGAGGUUUCUUAUAUUAAUAAUGAUUUUGAAAACCUUGUGUAAAGUUUUACGUUGAGCUGCAUCAAAAAACCGCAAACUCCUGUAUUAAAAUGGGAAAUCUUUAUCUUUAUCAUUUUGCCAAGCAAGCAUUUUGUCAAGUUUCGUUUACAAAGUACACACAGGAGCAAAAUGUCACGAUUUGGCAAGUUUUUCCUUUCCUACCAAAUAAAUUAACCAAUUUUUCGCCUUACUUGUUUUACUCCCCCAAGACCUUUUUAAAUAAUUUAUUUGAAAUGUUAGUUAAUUAACCUUACAAGUCCCAAAUGGCUUGCCCAGAGGUGUUUGUGGUAAACAAUCCUUGUUCUUGCUACAUAGACACGUGCAGUAAGAAACUCCAAUCAGAAAUUAUUAUUCAAAUCAAACAUGACGUUGCUCCACGCCACAUUCAAAAAUUGGAAACUUCAGUUGUGAGAGCUGGCGAAGGUUGCUCACGAAGGAGAAACGGGCAAGAACCUCUCGUUUAAACUGCCUAGCUGUCUUUCUCAGCUUCUCAGAGAAAGCUAACUAUGAACGAAGAAGUGUGGGAUGUUAAAACCAGCAAACGAGGUGAAUUAUACUUGUUAAAUUUAUCGUCUGUAUGGUUGAAAUUUGUGUUCCGACGAGUCCAACUUAAAAAAUUAAGUUAUUUGUUGUCGAAUGGUCGCAUUUUAAACUAGUUUGUUCUCAGAGGAGAAAUAGCGAGUAGAAUCGAAGCCAAUUCUCCGCACUCAGCAAAAUUUCUUUAUAGUUCAUAAUUUUGAUAGCCCUGUGUAGUUCGUACAUGGUCGAACACGUGGCCGUCUUAAAUACAAGCGAAGCUCAGUGGAGUCUUAGAUAAAGAAACUAAUCUAGCAAAUCAUAUUUUGCUCUUCAUCCAAAUUCAUAUUGGUGACACAGACAGUAAUUCACCAUAAAAGACGACAAAUUUGAUUCAUUUUUUUUCCCAGUAUUCAACAUGACAGCGAGAUUUUGAUGAAGUUUAAUAACCACGCCGGCAAAAUAUGGCCACCGUUCCUACUUUAAAUAAUAUAAUAAAAGCUAUAACGGAAAGCCUGUAAGUUUGCAGAAGGUUUUUUAAAGUUUUUUUUCGCAAAAUGUUUUACAAACAUUUAUACUCAAAAGAAUAAAGAAGAAGUACCUUGCACUCAACGUGAUAUGAAAACUUGACUUGGUACUUUUGGUUGUCAACGUUUUUAAUUGGGCAAUAGACCAUUUUACAGUUGUGGACUUAGUACCCUAGCCUUCGAGUGAAUGUGAGGCUGACGGUGACCUUGUUUUGAUAGAAACCUCCUUUGCUUUGUUAUGGAAAUUGUCCUUGAAAACUACUAGUUAGCAUAAGAAUAACUUGAUUUACAUAAUAAAGCAGGGAGGUUUCUAUCAAAACAAGGUCACCGUCAGCCUCGCUUCCAUCCAUAACUAUAAAAUGGCCUAUUUCGAAAAAACUUGUGUAAACUCGCUACUUCAGCUUCCUCGAGCGCAACUACUAUAAUCAGGCUUGAAUAUCUGAAAUUUGUUAAGGUCUUGCUCUUUCUUACGUUGGAUUGUUACAUUCAAAUAGGGUCGUGUAAAAAAAAAGUGGUUAAAUGAGUGAAUCGACGAAGCAAGAUAUACACGCAAUUUAUAGUUUAAAAUGAUUUUAAAUAGUUACAUACGAUUAACAAUUAGACAAUUGACGAUUAAAUAGAUUGGGAUCAAGAAGGACUUUUAAAGUGACAUCAAGUUGUAAAAUAGUGAUCAGUUUUUGCACAAGUCAGAUAGUUUUCAUUAUAUUUGGCCAGUUUUCAGCUUAAUUGCCCUGAUAAAAACCAACCUCAUAUGAUGUCACUGCAUCACGGGCGAUCUGUCGCACUAAUAUAUUGAGGCCUAGCCUGAAUUGUUACUAUGGUGAUGAACAUUACAAUUAACGAUUCAUUCUACAAAUGGGAAACAUUCGUAAAGAUCGUCAGCACAGCCCUGUAUUAUAUAGUUUGAUUGAGUCUUUGCAAACCAUUUCAGGGCAUGAGAGUUUUCAAUUGCAGCUGAAUUUGAAAAAUCAAGUAUUACCGUAUUUUUUCCGUUUCUCUUUACGUAGCUCUCUGAAACGUUUAGAGCCUUUUCACUACUAUUUCCUAAGCUUCUCGUCUUUUUUUAAUUUUUAGCCGUCGGACCAGACCAUCCUUCUCAUGCAGACCUCCAGAUUAGACCAUAAAACCAGAGCACCACAGCAGCCCAUAAGAUCCGCCCCAGAUCAGACCACGACACCAGACAAUCAGAGGAGUCUCAGAUCCAGACCAUCUUCAGACCAGAACACCAAAAUCAGCCAAUCAGAUCAGACAACCACCGCCACACCAGACCACCAGAUCAGCCCAACAGACUACCAUCCUUGA